GGGGUCCCUUCCUCAAAGGGAACUCAAACCCGGUUCGCGGAAGUAAAUAGGCGUUUAGACGCCUGUCAGCUACUAAUACACGAUUAUUUAAACCCAUAACAAACUUAUAUUCUCAGAAACAUUUAGAAUAAAGUGAUGCUAAAGAACUGGGGAGUCUGGUUGGGUCAAGGAAACAAAAAUGUCGAAGUUUCAGAAGAACUCGAGCAUGUUGAUAAGAGGAGGGACAGUGAUGAAGAAAAGCAAACCGUUACAUGUGAAAAACACGCAGAAGAACCCCCACUUCUUCAGAAAGCUGAAAGUUUUAGCAAGAGCAUGAUCAGUUUGGCCAACAAAGCCUCUAAGAAGCUGACUGAGACCAUGUUAGAAACAGCAGAGAGUCUGAGGAAAAGCGUGGAGGAGGGCAAACUUAACCAGAUUAUUGAUAAGAGCAUGCUGGGGGAUUUUCAGAAAGAGCAGCAAAGGUUUGUUCUUGAGAGAGAAGCUAAAAAAGUGGGUGCGGCUGUGCCACCAUGGGUUGGAUAUGAUGAAGAAGACAUCAUGCAGGAGCAAAUUUUAGCCCUCUCAGCUGACAGGAGGAAUUUUCUUCGAGACCCCCCCGCCGGCGUCCAAUUUCCCUUUGACCUUGAGCAGUCCUAUCCCGUCGCCUUGGUGAUGCUGGAGGAGGACGAGCUCCUCAAGAAGAUGCGUUUCCAUCUGGUCCCCAGAGAGGUGAAUGAGGAAAGAUUCUGGAGGAAUUACUUCUAUCGAGUGUCUUUGAUUAAACAGUCAGCUCAGCUCACGGCCCUAACAGCACAGCAGGCUUCAGAGUCUCACUCAGAUCCAGUUAAACGUCAGUGCCCUCCAGUCGCACAAAAACCCAGACAACAUAAGGAUGAAGCGAAGGUCUCCAUCAGUUCACCUGGGUCUGAAUUUAUAAGCAGUGCUUUGAAAUCCUCAGCAAUAAAUAAAGAGGAUCUGGCCAAACGUACAGAGCUUCUGGUCUUAGACAAAAAAGAACAUCUGCAGGAAAAGCAGGAUGAUAUUCCUAAAUGGGAGAGAGAGCUGCAGGAGGAGCUGGAGGAGUACGACGUGUUGGCAGAGAAUGAGGUCCAGGAUGAGGCCUGGGACAGAGAGAUUGAAGAGAUGCUUCAUGAGGACUUUGAGAAGAUCUGACAUCCUAAACAGCUUGAU